CUCCCGGAAGCGCGGCAGACUAGUCCUGCUGUGGCUGGGUUUGAGAUUGAGACCCAUUUCCAGAAUUAUGGCAAAAUCUGGGCGGGGGCUGGAUUCCGAGAGCGUAGCUGCAGCCACUGUGCUAAAGCGAGCGGUGGAGCUAGAUUCCGAGUCCCGAUACCAGCAGGCUCUGGUGUGUUACCAGGAGGGGAUUGACCUGCUCCUGCAGGUUCUAAAAGGCACCCAAGAUGAUACAAAGAAAUGUAAUCUUAGAAAAAAAAUUUCUGGUUACAUGGACAGAGCAGAAAAUAUAAAGAAAUACUUGGAUCAAGAAAAAGAAGAUGGAAAAUACCACAAGCAAAUUAAAAUAGAGGAGAAUGCAACAGGUUUCAGUUAUGAGUCACUUUUUCAAGAAUACCUUAAUGAGACAGUUAGAGAAGUUUGGGUAGAAGAUCCCUAUAUUAGACAUACUCAUCAGCUGUAUAACUUCCUUCGAUUCUGUGAGAUGCUUAUUAAAAGACCAUGCAAAGUAAAAACGAUUCAUCUUCUCACCUCCAUGGAUGAAGGCAGUGGGAAACAGCAGCAAAUUUGUGGCCUGCAAGAAAUAAAAGAGUCACUCAGGAAUCAUGGAGUGCUGUUGGAAUUAGAAUACUCUUCUUCAAUACAUGACCGAGAAAUUAGGUUCGACAAUGGAUGGAUGAUUAAGAUUGGAAGGGGACUGGAUUAUUUUAAGAAACCACAGAGUCGUUUCUCCCUUGGAUAUUGUGAUUUUGAUUUAAGACCAUGUCAUGAAACAACAGUGGACAUUUUUCAUAAGAAGCACACAAAAAAAAUAUGAUGGGUAGUAGUUAAUUUACAUUGUAUAUUUCUAUUUUGAGUGAAUUUUUUUUUUUACUUUGGACAGAUCAUUCCUAUAAUGUGUGACUUUAACAAUAAAUUUAUACAUUUCUACUAAUUUAUGGAUCCAUUGUUUCAGUUGUGACCAACCCUAAAUAUUUUUAUAAAUAUAUUACUUAGAAUUACAGUGUUUUAAGACAUAUGGUAAACUUAAACAUUUUACUAGCUUUUCUCUUACUUGGCUGUUGGAUCAUGAAUCAAUAAUGAGCACCUAUUAUAAAGAUGAAUUGGAUGUUAAUACUGCCCCUGGGAAUUUAGAGUCCAGGCAGAAAAACUAUGGAUAAGAGUACUCUUAAGACAGCAGUGCCCAACCUUUUUGGCACCACGGACUGGUUUCACGAAGGGGGGUGGGAAA